AUGAUGAUGCAACGUUUGUGGCUUCUUUCGUGUAACUGGGAUGACGAAGUUCCAGAUUCCGUUGCAGUAUCCUGGAAGGAAUUCGCUGAUCAGAUCCCGAAGAUAUCCAACUUCCGCGUCAGUCGGUACGCACAGUUGUCGAAUUCCACCAUUCAACUGCAUACAUUUUCUGAUGCCUCGGAAUUGGCAUACGGAGCGUGUACUUACGUCCGAUGCACCGAUUCGAAAGGAACGAUUCGUGUCGAGCUUCUCGCUUCUAAAUCUCGGGUUGCACCUUUGAAAAAAAUUACGUUGCCUCGAUUAGAGCUUUGUGCGGCGGAUAUAGCAGCUAAACUCCAUGCCCGAAUCGUCAAAGCGCUCCAAAUAUCCAUCGCCGGUUCGUACUUUUGGUCGGACUUCACCGUUGUCCUACAGUGGUUGCAGGCAACCCCUAGCACCUGGAAAACAUUUGUGGCGAACCGCGUAUCAGAAAUUCAAAGCUCGACGCAUGGAGCUGCAUGGAAUCACGUUGCUAGCAAGGACAAUCCGGCGGACCUUGUAUCUCGCGGAAUGAACGUUGACGACUUUUUGGCUAGUGAUUUAUGGAAGCGAGGUCCCAAAUGGCUAUCGCACGUUCAGGAAAAUUGGCCUAUAUCCAAACUCCCUGAGUAUCCUCAAAAUGGAAAAGAGCGACGAAAACUGGUAAUUGCUGUUACAAGAACUCAGGUAUCACCCCGCUGUAAUUACAUAUUCACGAGAUUCUCGUCUUACGAGCGGCUACUUCAUGUAACUGCAUAUGUCCUCAGAUUCAUCACCAAUCUUCGCAAUAAAUCCCGUACGGAGCCCAUCCCUUGGACUAACCCACCUUACAGUAUUUCUUUGACUGCUGAACACCUAAACAUCGCCGAACGGACGUUGGUUCAAUUAGCUCAAGCAGAUGCAUUCUUCGAGGAAAUUCGAGAUUUGCAAAAUAACAAAACUGUCGGGAAGCGAUCGUCGACUCGCCUACUGACUCCAUUUCUAGACCUUGAGGGAACCAUGCGGGUAGGGGGAGGUUAA